ACACGUCUUCAGAUUGGAAAAAGCAGUUAUUUAUAAUUCACUGCAUAUUAAAACUAAGAAAUGUGGCUUUGACUGGGUUCUAUGUGGCCCCUAGGGGAAAACGUUCAUUCAUUUGGCUUUUGUAAAUCUCCUUUAAAUCCACUGAGGCUAUUGAAAUGUAUGAUAUCAGUAGCGACAAAGAAAAGCUCCUAAUACUCCCCACAAGCUCGGAGUCCUGUGAGGGGGCAGUAACUAGAGAUGUCAAUUUCCUGCUUUCCUGCAGUAUCAUUUUACCAUCAUCAUAGAAAAUCAAUGAACUGCCGUGGGCACCAAAGGUUUGAUGCCUCUGUACAUUGUAGACAUGUAAGUGAAGACGAAUCUGAAAUGAAUCCGUCUACAUUUGCUUUCACGAAGAGGACAGUUUGUGCGCAAGCUUUUAACUGCAAACAUUUUAGCAUUUACACAGGAAUAGAUUUGGAUGUUCUCAUCUUAAGUCGCAACUAAAUACGUAAAGUUAUGUCUGUCAACUUCCUGCUGUGUGUACUUCUCUCAGCGAUUUGCCAGGCUGAUUCAGCACCAGAGAAGCCCAAGAGGUCUGCCUUGAACCAGCUGACCCGGACACUGCUACGCAGGUAUGACUGCGGUGUCCGACCCGUCCUGAACUGGACCAGCCCCACUGUGGUCUUUAUCGACCUCAUUAUCCAGUCUGUUCUAGAAGUGGAUGGACAGACCCAAAAAGUGACAACAAGUAUUUGGUAUCGCCAAAUCUGGAAAGAUGAGUUUCUUGUAUGGGAUCCUGAGGAAUUUGAUGGAAUCACAGAAAUAUCCCUUUCUUCUGAUGCUAUUUGGGUGCCCGAUAUCAUCAUCAGUGAAUUUGUGGAUGAGGGCAGAUCUCCCGCCAUCCCAUAUGUGUACGUGAACUCCUCUGGAACAGUGAAGAACUACAAACCCAUUCAGGUGGUCUCAGCCUGUGACUUGGAGAUUUAUGCCUUUCCCUUUGACAAGCAGAACUGCACUCUGACCUUCCGCAGCUGGCUUCAUUCAGUGAGUGAAGUGGACCUGGCCCUGUGGAGGACUGCUGAGGACAUUGCCAACGACACCAGGGAGUUCAUGAACGAUGGAGAGUGGGAGCUACUCUCAGUGCCCUCUCAUUACUGGAAAUUGAACUUGGCUGACAGGGACUACGCACACAUUCAGUUUAAUGUGUUGAUCCGCCGGCGCCCCCUGCUGUAUGUGGUGAGUUUACUCAUUCCCAGCAUCUUUCUCAUGGUAGUGGAUGUCAUCAGUUUCUACCUGCCACCAAACAGUGGCACCCGCAUCACCUUCAAAACCAGCAUUCUGCUGGGCUACACAGUGUUCAGGGUGAAUCUGAUGGAUGAGAUCCCUGCUACAGCUAUCAAAACACCACUUAUUGGUAUUUUCUUUGCUGUUUGUAUGGCUCUCCUGGUUCUCAGUCUGGCCAAGUCAAUUUUUAUAGUGAAGCUUCUGCAUCACAGUGAGAAAGAGGUAAAGGAGAUGUCCAUCUCUGCCUGCUUGCUGGACAAGUAUGGUUCGACCGACCAGACCUUCAGUGAGAGUCUGUUCACCUCUGUGAGGACCCUGGAUGACAUAGAUCAUUCAGGAGGCUAUGAGUUUGAUCUCUCACCUGAGACAGACCUGCUCUCUCUGACAGAGGCCCCAGAUAGUGUUCCGCAGCUGGAGAAGGUCUUACAGGAGAUGGUCUCCCUCCGGCUUCACCUGCAGGAGGAGGAGAACGAUGGUGUGGCUCAGGCAGAAUGGCUGGCACUCUGUUACAAAGUGGACAAGUUCUUGUUCCGCAUUUAUCUGCUCAUCCUGCUUGUCUACUCCAGCACUCUGCUACUGUUGUGGAGCAGCUGGAGCUCAGCCUGAGAGGACCUGACAGGAAAGAAGGCAGACAGAAAGACAUGUACAUGAUUGGACAGAUUUCUGUGCAAUGAACACUGUAAUAAACAUCAGUAAGAUAUUAUUGCAAUACUCUGUCACAAAAAUGUAAAAAUAAUAAUAAUUAAAAUUCUGAUAAAAUCAAAUCUAAAAAUUGGAUGAAUGGGAAAAAAAUGUUGCAUCUGUUAAGUUUAAACUUCACAGGGUAAAUUGCUCCUUUAAAAAAAAAAAAGAAGAAAAACAGCUUUAUAUGUCUAUAGUCAGCCGAGCUGUUCUACACAUUUAAGGGUUAUAUAAAUGAUGUCUGUUUACAUAAAUAGUGGAAAAGAAAGAUUUCUAUUAAAAAAGGUUGAUGUGAUUGUUGUAAGUACACAAUGCAAAUUUGAGCUUUAUGAACACUUUCUUCAAACACCACAUGCUGUCCUCCUGAACAGUAAAAUAUCUAUAAGCCAA